UAUAAAAGCGCGUCUUACAUGAGUAGCAUCAGUCCACGAAAUAAUAGUGCAAAGAUUACUAAUCAUGUCUCGCGCUAGUCUCGUAUUGCUUGUAAUGAUUGGAGUGUUUUGCAGCACAACUAUCGCGCAACGCCGGUGUCCGAGAAAUCAAGAGUGGACCAAUUGUGGAUCGGCAUGUCAACCAACUUGCAAUUCGCCGCAACCUCAAGCCUGCACUAUGCAAUGCAUAAUAGGAUGUCAGUGCAGACAGGGAUUUUUGCUACAUUCCUCAGGAGCAUGUGUGUCCCCUUCAGACUGCUAAAAAUUAACCAAUGUGAGCUUACUGAGGAGCUGAGAAAUUUUGCUUGACACGAGAUUUUUGGAAAAAUUUUAAUUAAAAUUUCAAAUUCUUGAUUUAACUAAAAAUAAUGCUAAUUAACAUACUAGUUUUAAGAUGCAUUAGAUUUGACAUAUUACUGGUGGUUUUUAUAUAUGUAUAUAUUGACUAACAGUCGAACAAGAUAAGAUUAUUAAUAUGUUCGUCUCUGUAUUAAUAUUACAUAUCUAUGUUCUUUCUAAAAUUUUUAAUAAAAAAAUAAGAAUUGCUUA